AGAGGAGGGAGAGGUGGAAAUGAUGUUGACUCGAUAUUCGACCAAGCUAGGCAAUUGGGAGCGAUGGAAGGAUCUACUAAACACCUUCAGCCAACUUCUGCUUGCUCAAGGAGUUUUUCAGGGACAGGUCGACUACUGUCUGGGGAACCAUUAACACCAACAUCUAAUCCUACUCCACAGCCGCAAGAAGCUAACAAUCAUGAUAUCGUUUUCUAUAAUAAUGGGUUCACAGUGGAUGAUGGUCCUUCUAGGAGGUUAGAUGACCCUGAAAAUGCACCUUUUUUGGAGAGCACCAAGAAAUCUGAGUGCCCAAUAGAACUCGAACCAGCAGAUAGGAGGUCCUCAGUUCAUGUUAAUCUCAUAAGGAGAGAAGGAAAUGGCCCUGAAGAGAAAGUGCAGAAAGUUGGAUUUCAAGGGGUGGGAAGAACCUUAGGUAGCAGCAGCAAUACUGUUGCCUCUGAGCAAACUGCAGCUCCCAUUACCCUCAACACAGCCCCAGUCGCUCUAAUAGGCCUAGUUGUAGACGAUACGUUGCCAUCAACCUCUAUUCAACUGAGGCUAGAAGAUGGAACACGAUUGGUUGCACACUUCAAUUAUCGUCACACUGUCGGUGAUAUUCGCGUAUUUAUCGAUGCGUCCAGGCCAGGGGGAGCAAGAACUUAUCAGCUGCAGUUGGAUUGGGAUUUGUUGAGCAGAUUGCUAUUGGUUGAAGAACACUUUGUCAGGCCUUCAAUGAUGGCUCCUAUCGAAAUCGAAAUGGCAGUUUCCCCUACAAAUGAUAGUAGCUUGAAUGAGAUGCGGUUUCUAGAUUUAUUAUGA